ACAACCGUGCUAAUCGUCGGUGUGCUUGUGCAGGGCCAUUUUGUGCGCUCUCUGGGCGAAUGUGGGGAUAAGGAGACGGAGACAGAGGUGCUGCUGCUGGAGCACGACGUGCCACACCAGCCCUUCAGCCAGGCCGUACUUGCAUGCCUGCCCCCUCCCACGUUCAGCAUCACAGCAGAGGACCAGGCUGGCAGGGAGGACCUCCGUGCGUUGUCCAUCUGCAGUGUGGAUCCUCCAGGCUGCACAGACAUCGACGAUGCCCUACACUGCAAACCGCUCGACAAUGGGAACACCGAGGUUGGGGUACACAUCGCCGAUGUGAGCUACUUUAUCCGGCCGGGGAAUGCCUUGGAUGAGGAGGCAUCUCUGCGUGGUACCACAGUUUACCUGUGUGAGAAGAGGAUUGAUAUGGUGCCAGAGUUAUUGAGCUCAAACCUGUGUUCCUUGAGAUCCAACGUCGACCGGCUGGCGUUCUCGUGCAUAUGGGAGAUGACUCCAAAGGCUGAGAUCGUGAGCACACGUUUUACCAAGAGCAUCAUCAAUUCCAAGGCGUCUCUGACGUACGCAGAGGCUCAGCUAAUGAUGGACGACGCCGGGCGGAAGGACCCGGUCACCAGCAGCUUGCGUGGCCUCAACUCCCUGGCCAAGAUCCUCAAGCAGAGGCGCAUUCAAAACGGGGCAUUGACUCUGGCAUCCCCUGAGGUCCGAUUCCACAUGGACAGCGAAACCCACGACCCGAUCGACCUGCAGACCAAGGAACUCAAGGAGACCAACUCGAUGGUGGAGGAGUUCAUGUUGCUCGCCAACAUCUCCGUGGCGGAGCGCAUCGUAGACGAAUUCCCCGAGUGUGCGCUGCUCCGACGCCACCCGGCGCCUCCGCCUUCCAACUACGACAUCUUGGUGAAGGCGGCGAAAUCAAAGAACAUCGAGAUCCAGGUGGACUCGGCUAAGGCGUUGGCCGAGUCCCUGGACCGGGCGGCGGUGCCGGGAGCGCCACCAUACCUCAACACUCUGCUGCGCAUCCUGGCCACGCGCUGCAUGAUGCAGGCCAUCUACUUCUGCUCCGGCAUGGAGCCCGACACCCACCACUACGGGCUCGCCACCGCCAUCUACACCCACUUCACGUCGCCCAUUCGACGAUACUCGGAUGUGAUUGUGCACCGGCUGCUGGCCGUGUGCGUGGGCGCCGACCCCACGUACCCGGCGCUCACCGACAAGCUGGGAGUGCACAGACUGCGUGAGUCUCGGGAUCAGUAUGAGACUGGGGACCAUGGUGCAUCAUCAUCAAUCCAUCGAUUACAAGCAUUUCUUGAGGCGGCCCCAUACCUGCGCGAUAAGUGUAACUUGGUUGCAUGCAACUGAAUCGGGUUAGAUCGCGUAAAUAUAUAAAUGUCGUUAAAACCCGGCACCACUUGACACAGCCAUCUAGUAAGGGUUAUCACGUAAACAGAACAUGCCAAUUUGUCACUAGUACAGCACACCGGUGUGUUGGAGAGCCAAGCCA